GGCCAGUGCUCUAUCCUCUGAACAAUCUAGCUGCCCCUACAUGUACAACCUUAAGAUAGAGGCAAUUAGUUUUUGCUUCGGCAGCACAGAUACUAAAUUUGGAAUGACAGAGAGAAAAUGAGCAUGGCUCCUGAGAAAGGAUGACAUGCAAAUUAGUGAAGCUACAGAUAGUUAUAAUAUCAAAGCAGCAGUAAUGUUACAUUAAAUACUCUUUUAAAUCAGUCAUCAACAUAAAUCUCCUUCUGAUUUCAUUUUGAGUUUAUUUUGUCGGUUUCUGCUAUUUCAAGUUCACCACUUCCCCCUUAGCACCCUUGUCACUCUUACAUACACAUUUCUCCUCUCUAUAUUCUCCUACACCCCCCACCAAUUCUCCCAUGAUGAAACUGCACUGCAAUUCAGCCCUUGACACCAACUUUACAUUUCCUGGGCUGAUUUUUCAGUGCCCAACUCUCACUAUGACAUCAAAACUACCCUGGAAUUUCCAUUCCCUUUCUGUUCCUCCAAUUGCUUCCAAAAGCCCAUAUAAAGAGAGGGUUCAAGCAUGAGACAGAGAACAGAUCUCUAGACUCUCUCAGCCUGUGUCCUGAUCCACCAGCUCCUCUCUCCUCUCAGGAUCAUGAAGAUCUCUGUGGCUGCCCUCUCCAUCCUCAUGGUCAUGGCCUUCAGCUCUCUGACAUCCUCUGCACCAAUAAGCUCUAACCCUCCCACCUCCUGCUGCUUCUCCUACAUUAGCCAACAGAUCCCCAGAAAAUUUGUGACAGAUUAUUAUGAGACCAGCAGCCAGUGCUCCCAACCAGCUGUGGUGUUCCUGACUAAAAAGGGCCGUCAGGUAUGUGCUGACCCUAGAGAUGACUGGGUUCAGACUUACAUAGAUGACUUGGAAAUGAACUGAGAGGCUCAGAAACUUUGGAAAACGAAUCCUAAAGAAAAAUGAUCCAAACCAGGAAACUCUGCAGUUGGAUGAGAUCGUUCAAGACUGAAGUCUUUCUGAGAUUGACUUUCCCAUUAUAAUUCUUUUUUUUUGCCAAUGAUAUUUAACUUAUUAUGUAAAUUAUUUGGUGACAUAUUUGAGUAUUUAUUGGUAAUAUUUGUAUUUCUAGAGGGCACUCGUCUCCCAUGGGGACUUCUAGUAACAGCCAAACUUCCACUCUUUAGAGUGUUGUGGCUACCUUCUAGAUUCUGUGAAUGGCUGUCAAUAAACAUUUUAAAAUCCA